AUGGAACUGACUGGCACCGCUCAACAAGCACAAAGCAAGGAUGCAGACGAAAAAGCUAGUUUUUCUGCCGAAUGUAUCGCCUGCAAAAAAACCUACUAUUCUGAAAAUGCUUAUGCUAAUCAUUUGCGAUCUAAUAAGCAUAAAGUCGCAGAUUUGAAAGCUGCGCAAGAAGGUGAUUUCUUAUUAAUCAAACUAAGAAUAGUGAAUAAUAUCAAAGCAUGUAAUAAACUAAAUAGCUUUCAAUUAAUAGGAGGUGCGCUGGCGAAAAAAACUACGCUGAAUGUUCGUAAAGACGAAAACAUUCAGGAAGAGAUUAAAUUGACUGAAGUCGAUUGUCUUUUCUGUACACAAAAAUCUGAGUCUUUCGAAAUUAAUUUGACACAUAUGACCAGAGCCCAUAGUUUUUUCAUUCCAGAAAUAGAAUAUUUAGUCGAUCUUUAUGGAUUAAUCAAAUUUUUAGGAGAGAAAAUUGCUGUUAGAAAUUUAUGUUUAUAUUGCAAUGGGCGAGGUAAGGGCCUAAAAAGUCUUGAAGCUGUUCGGCAACAUAUGAUAGAUAAAGGGCACUGCAAAAUUGCUUACGAGAGAGAUGAAGAUAUAAUGGAGGUUGUAGAUUUCUAUGACUUUACAUCCAGUUAUCCAGUCGAUGACGGAUCGGAAGUAUGGGAGAAUAUUGAUGAUGAAUGGGAAGAUAUUGAAGAAGGUAUUGGCAAUGAGAAUCAUGUCAAUUUUUCAAAGGGCGGCUUAUUGGACGAAGAUGACAUUGAAUUAAUAUUACCAUCUGGUGCACGUAUCGGUCAUCGUUCAAUGCGAAGAUAUUAUAAACAAAACUUGCGUCCCGAAGAGCAUAGAGAUUCUAUAAUUAUAAACCGUCUUAUUACUCAAUAUGGCGACUAUCAUCGACGCUCUGGAGGUGUUCUUAUUGCCAAAGGUGGUCAUGCAAAGCAUGCACAAUAUUAUAUCACAACUUUACAAGAUAAACGUCAUCAUGAUUUUGAUACACGUAUUGGUAUUAAGGCCAACAAACUACAACGCCAUUUCAGGGCCCAAAUAUUGUAG